GUGAACCCCACCACCUCGUGCGUUCGCCUGCGUGUGCAGCGUCCGCGAUCUCUCUUGCUCCUUUCCGCCUUGCUCAUCCAGCGCGGGCGGCAGGCCCGGAGUGCUGACUGCUGCUGAGCUCGACGCCAUGGCCGACGAGAGGACCUCCAAGAACAUUGACAUAGUUACAGCUGUUCAAGAACUCAAUGAAAUGUCCUCUAGAGAGCUCAGCAAGUCGCUGAAAGAGUCUGAAAAUUUUACAGUGCAGUACACAACAAGAGAUGGUUUUGUCAAGCAAAUUGAUAUGGAAAAACUUGCCUCUUCUCUUCCUCUGCACCUUAUGGCUGUCAUCUUGUCACCCGAUAGAGAUACAAAAAUGGCGUAUCUGCUUCGUGGUAUUCGUCUUUUGCAUACUUUGUCUGAAUUGGCAACGCGGCAUGCUAGACUUGAGCAGGUUCUCCUUGAUGAUGUCAAACUAUCUGAACAAGUACUGGACCUGGUCUUCUUCAUUUUGAUUGUUCUUGCACAUCAAAAGCAGGACAACCAUCUUGGCGCAUCCCCUUUUUUGCAUUCUGCACUCGUAGCCUGCAGUCUCCACCUUCUAACAAGUUAUCUUUCAUCACAAUGGCCUGAUCUUGUUCAUGCUUUACUAGCGCAUCCGAAGGUUAACUCGAGUUUCGACCGUAACUUUUUUACGGUGAGCCAAACAACGGAAGUAAUCGUUUAUGGCGAAAACGACUUCCCCCCUCUUCACUUCCACCCCACUUCCACCCAAACAAACAUGCCUAUACUGGGGCGAGUGGAUGUAGCCCAAGUUCAUUAUGAUCUUGGACGACAGGUUGAUAUAUUCAUGGAUGUAACCUUCAACAGUCUGCACGAAGAUAUUAGGAUUUUGAGGACCAAGCUGUCAACUUUAACUGAUGAAGUCUUACUCGACAAGUCUAGUCUUCCGGCUGCUUUGAGGACUGCUCAUUACAUCUGUCAACAAUGUGAGGCUUCAUUGCAGUUUCUUCUGUCGUUGUGCCAACAGAAAUCAUUCCGCGAUCGUGUCCUUAGAAACAAGGAACUGUCUAAAAACGGUGGCAUUCUAUCACUGGCUCGAACAGUUUUAAGGUUGAGCGUUCCAGAAUGCCUUAAGGAGUCUUCUGAUGUUGUUUCUGCUGUUUCCAGACUGAAGGCAAAAGUUCUAUCUAUUUUGCUGCAGCUCUGUGAAGCAGAAAAUAUCUCUUACCUUGAUGAGGUCGCUGGUUCCUCAAAGAGCAAGCAAUUGGGACAGUCUGUUGCAUUAGAGUUUCUUGAUUUGCUGAAAACCCAAUUCAGAAGAGAAGGAAAGCAGCCUGCCACUUCUCAUGAGAGGAGUAAUCCGAGGGGUUUCCUGCUCAUAAAUGCACUGCGUCUAGUUGACAUAUUCUCUGAUGACUCAAAUUUCCGAUGUCCUAUUAUGACUACUACCGUUCCUUUUCUUACUGAAAUUUUAGCUGUUCCGAAUGAAGAGUUUGUUGGCAGUUGGUGCUCUGAGAAUCUGCGAACAAUCGAAGAAGAUGCUAAUCUAGAAUACGACCCACUUACUGCAGCUGGCAUUGCACUGGUUUCUCUUGGAGAAUCAACUUCUUUUCUUUUGACUGAAACUAAUUAUGUAUGCCCUUUUAUUAUAAAUAGCAUGCCUUCAGUUACGUAUGCCCAACAGAGGACUUCAUGUUUGGUCAAAAUAAUAGCAAAUCUCCAUGUUUUUGUUCCUAACAUAUGCAAAGAACAAGAAAGAGAUUUGUUCCUUCGCGAGUUCCACAAUUACUUGCUCCAAGAGAAGCCUGAAUCUUCCACAUAUGUCCCAAAUUCCUAUUUACCGAGGGCUACCUCAGUUUAUAAAAACUUAUGUUCGCUGUUACUGUAUGCGAAAUCUUUGAUACCUAACCUCUUGAUUGAGGAUGAUGUCCAACUCCUAAGGAUAUUUACUGAUACACUUCAGAAUUUGACUCAUCUACAGGUUGGAGAAAAUCUUGCGGCCAAAGAUGAAGGCAAUCCAGAUGAUGGUGUUGAAACUAUAAAGCAAUCUUUACCAAAACUAUCAAAUUCUCCUGACUCCAAUUUCAACAAAAUUCACAAGGAUAUUCAAGAUGGAAGUGGUAAACAAGAGACUUUAAAUCUUGGAAUUGACGUUGCAAGAGAUCCUGCCAAAGACCUGCCUAACGAUUUUGAGGUCAAUCAAGCUACCAACAGAAAUAAAUAUGGAUCUUUUAGGAGCAUAGAGAAAGAGAUUUGUAAUGUCGAAACAAACAGUGUGGAGCUCAAUGGUGGCAAAAUGGAUCUUGAUGUGAUACCCCAUGGUGGCGAGUGUGCCAAAUCAGGAGAGUAUAUGAAAGAAAUUGGCUUACAGGAAGAUGAGAAAGCAGAAGCUACUCAAGGGGAAGAGAAGCAGCCGAGAAAACGAAAGCGUAAUAUUAUGAAUGAUAAACAGAUAUCUGCUAUUGAGGAGGCUCUUUUGGAAGAGCCUGAGAUGCAGAGAAAUGCAGCCUUGUUGCAGUCAUGGGCAGAUAAGUUGAGUAGCCAGGGUUCAGAAAUCACUGCAUCUCAACUAAAGAACUGGCUGAACAAUAGGAAAGCUCGGCUUGCUCGAGCAGCGAAAGAAGCCCGCCAUCCGUCGGAAGCCGAAACUCCCGACAAACCGUCUGGACCCACGACCGCUCAGUUCUAUGAUUCCCCCGAGAGUGCUGGUGAAGAAAACUAUGUACCCUCCACAAGAGCAAGCAAUCAUCCAUCCGUGCUCAAAUCCGCAAAAGCAGCAAGCGGAGAGGAUAACAAUGACAUUAUCCCUCAGCCGGCCGGACUCGCUCAUGGAGUUCAACAGCUGAACAGCCCUGCGGCAAAAUCUGCAUCAUUUAAACCAGACGAACCUUCUUCGUUAGUAGAUAAAGAAAGUAAGGAAGCAGGAAAAGAACCUUGACUUUACCAACAUAAGGUAACAGUAAUGUAAAGCUACUGACAGGACAAUUAAAUCGCAAGUCUUGGGCAUCAGUAAUGUAAAGCUACUGACAGGAUAAGUGGAACUAAAUGAUAGCCUGUUUUCAUUGGUUCUGUUUGCUUCUCUAUUUCCCAGAUCAUAUGCAGGAGAUGCAAAGCUGCAAAAAAAUGGCAGCCAGAGGCGGAGUAUUACAUGCGGUACGGCUCACGCCAUUACAGUCUUUCUGCAAAAGGUGGAAUUAAUCAGGAUGAAUUGAUCCACUCCAUUCAAGACCGGUUUGUGUGCGAUGCCCAAAAUAUGCAAGCCAGUCUGCUACGCAAUUUGCUGUCUGAUCAAUCAUGGUAACAUCAAAAGACUGGAAUGUGUUGACAGCUUAUAAACUAUCUUCCAUGCGAUUCUGACAGGCUCACGGAGGGUCGUCUUUGGAUGUAUCAUGUCGACCGGUUUAGUUAGAGUCGUAAUCAAGGUUUUAAUUGCCGAGACAUGGGCUCAUGUGCUGCUGAGUAGUGGUUAUAGCUUACAUACGGCUAAUAUUAUAUCCCUGUGGAAACUGACAAUUUUUGUUUGGUUCGAUCAUUUUGAUUGUAGAUGGUUUGGUUUUAGUUCGAAAAACUUUCGAACCAAAGGUGUUGGACUAGUUUUGGAUUGAAAAAUUAUAAAAUUUGCUGGCUGUUCAAUCAUGCUUUCGAAA